AAUCAACUGCGGGGAAAAGCGAAGUGCGAGGUCGCCAUAUUGUUCACGGGGUUCCCAACUCUUAUGUUACUCAGGCCACCUAUCCUCUUCGCUUAAAUGCGGUUUUCCAGACAUCAUUUAAUUAAUGGCUCAAGAGUCGCAACAAAACCAGCCCCAUGGAUCUAUUAAUUUGGGAAGUUCAUCUAUCCCACACCCACAAACGAUAGGUGUCCUCGAUUCUAACUACACGGUCGCAAGGGAGACUUACGGGUUGCACUACGCGUCCUACUCGCCAACUCAGUCCAACUCCGACGUUUGCUUAGCGCAAGCUGUUCCUAACCCGCACCUGGUCGGUGACUCCAGGCCCUUCGUCCCUUCUUGUGCCGCCCCUAUACCUACAAACGUUUCUCAUGGUUCGUAUCUGGAGAAUUACUCACACGUAAACAAUGCACCUCAUGGAUCUGUUACCUCUGGACCGAUGACCCAUGUACAGUGCAAUUCCGCAACGGGUCAGCCCGAUAUGCUUGAGAGCCUUCUCUCCCGUAACUCCUACACCCCUCAGCUACAUCCUACUCAGGAAUAUUCGGUUCGACUGGUCACACCGGCUUGCUCCGCGCAAGUCGGUCCGGUUCCUAAUGUCACCGGCGCUUCUGGGGGUUCCAGAUACGUUGGUGCACUUCCAGGCAAUUCGACUACACCUAGCUACAUGACGAACAGCGCUGCACCUUCUGCUGUCGCAACUGACCCCGAAAAGCGCCAGCUUAUCCAACAGCAAUUGAUUUUGCUACUCCAUGCACAUCGUUGCAAACCGCAAGACGACGGUACUGGUCGGGGUACUCAGUGUACAACGCCACAUUGUAGAACUAUGCGAGGUGUUCUUCAACACAUGGCCACAUGCAAUGAAGGUAAAAACUGCCAAAAGCCUCACUGUGCAUCUUCCCGCCAAAUUGUUUCGCACUGGAAGAACUGCAGCAACCGCGAGUGUCCUGUUUGUGAGCCCCUUAGACAGAGCCAGCAUUAUCAACGCAACCAACUUCUUCGCCAGCAGCAGCCGCAACCGACACACACCAUCCCUUCUCGUCCAGUUGGGAUCAAUGGUGUUGAUACCACCCCACAGCCAGCUGGAAAUCAACAAUUUCAGUCCGUUUCCAUUUCGGCCCCCCGUGCCGUGCCUGUAUCGAAUUCCUUCUCAUCGACCGUUGUUGCACGUCCUACCACCAGCAUUGCUUCACAAGGUCUGGAUUCAUCUGGUUUGAAUGGUAUCAACACUUCAGUCUCAGGUAGCUACGCUGCUCUCGAUCAAACUGGAUGGCGGAAAGAAGUGAACAUGCCCAAACGUAACCACGUUGUAAGACGGAUAGUUCGGUUCAUAUUCCCUUUCCCCGAUCCUGCUGCUUACAACGACCCGAGGAUGCGAAAUCUCAUUGAAUACGCCCGAAAAGUAGAACGGGAAAUGUACAGCACUGCAACCGACAUGGAUCAUUAUUUCCAUCUCCUCGCUCAGAAAUGUUAUAAAAUUCAUCGCGAACUCGAGGAAAAACGUAAAAGUCGACAGUCGGGUUCGGAUUCAACGACAGCUGCUUCUACUGUCCAUAGCUCUGCCUCUUCCAGCCCAUCAAGGUCAUCGAAGUUCAGCCAAAGUUUGUCUGCACUUUCAUCCCAGUUGGCCUUGCCCUCCCCAUCGCUUUCCUCCACUCCCGCCCCUACAUCUGGCAAAUCGGUAGGAGCAGUGGUUGCAAAUGGUAUUCCCUCUAGUUCCGUGUCCGAUGGAUUUGAGAUCGGUUCGUUCAGUUCACAAGACACUAGUGGUUCCGAAAACGACAUGUCUCGAUUUGAACAUUAUCUGCAGAAUGCAUACAACCGGGGCCGAUUUAAAUGCGAAGCGGGUGCUUCGGAACCACUCUCCAAUACAUCCUCUACACCCUCCGUCUCUCUGGCCUCUUUUACACAGCCAAAAUUUAACUCUGAUACGUCGCUGGCAGUUUCUGGUUCUAAUACGGCCCUUCCAGACCCAACACCUACCAACUCUGAACCAGAUAACACGGAAGUCAAGAGUGAGGGGGUUUCUGUGCAAAACGAAACCACAGCAUCUAAUGAUUCAUUUGCCAUGCAUCCCACUUCCCUCUCUUCAACCUCCAGUUUGUCAAUAUCCGUGAAACCCGACGAGGCUAAGUGGAAGCGCUGGUCAAGGGAGGAACUACUGCGCCAUUUCUUACAGUUACUCGAAGAGAUUUUCAAUGACAAGUAUGCGGAACCGUUUAGAGCUCCUGUGGAUCCUGUGAUGCUUCACAUUCCUGAUUACUUUCAAGUCAUUAAAGAACCCAUGGACCUUACUACUAUCCGUAACAAUCUUGAGGAUGGAAAGUAUAAUGAUCCAUGGGAGGUUGUGGAACACUUCCGGCUUAUGUUCAACAAUGCUUGGUUGUACAAUAAAAAGACUUCAAAGGUGUACAAAAUGUGUACCAAGCUUGCUGAACUAUUCCAAAGUAGGAUCGACCAAAUAAUGCAGACGAUGGGAUUUUGUUGUGGCCAGGAUUAUGAAUAUCAGCCUCAGGGCCUCUACUGUGCGUCUGCUAAUCUCUGCACUAUCAGCAAAGAUGCCAACUACUACGUUUACCUCAAUAACGACAAACAAACGACUGGGCUUGUCUGCGACAAAUACUAUCAGUGCGAGAAGUGCUUCAAUGAGGCUGGAGAUGUCGUAAUACUAGCCGAUGAACCAAAUCAGUCUGUGCCGAUCUCCAAAGAUUUGUUUGAGAAAAGAAAAAACAAUGUAAAGGAGAAGGAAGAGUAUGUUACUUGCAACGAAUGCGGGCGCCGUUGGCACAAAGUGUGUGCUUUGCAUAUGAAUGAAAUAUGGCCUACCGGAUUCGUAUGCCAGGGUUGUCUACGGGAGCGCGGUCUUAAACGCAAAGAGAACCGCUUUACCGCCCGCAAACUUCCUGUCACACGCCUCAGUGCAUUUUUGGAGAAACGUGUGAACGAUUUUUUGAAAAAGAAAGAAGUUGGAACGGGCGAAGUCACUAUCCGUGUAUUAGCCAGCUCUGAUAAGACUGUGGAGGUUAAACCUUUGAUGCGCGCACGUUUUACCGAAAGUGGGGAGCUGUCCGAAUCAUUUCCAUAUAGACUCAAAGCUGUCUUUGCCUUCCAAGAGAUCGAUGGACAGGAUGUUUGUUUCUUUGGACUUUACGUUCAGGAAUACGGAUCCGAAAGCCCUCAACCGAAUCGGCGCCGAGUUUACGUAGCCUAUUUGGAUUCUGUGUUCUUCUUUCGUCCCAAGCAAUAUCGGACUGAUGUGUAUCACGAGAUCCUCGUUGGAUAUUUACUAUACGCCAAACGCUGUGGAUACACUAUGGCCCAUAUUUGGGCAUGCCCACCAGGCGAAGGGGACGAUUAUAUCUUUCACAUGCACCCAGCAGAACAGAAGAUCCCUAAAGCGAAGCGGCUGCAGGAAUGGUAUCGGCGGAUGCUGCAGAAGGCCAUCAUCGAGGGGAUUGUCGUUGACUAUAAGAACAUUUUGAAGGAUGCCCUAGACCACCAGUUGGUUUCACCCACGGAAAUACCCUACUUUGAAGGGGAUUUCUGGCCGAACACUUUGGAGGACAUUUUAAAGGAGCUGGAGGAAGAAGAGGCGCGUCGUCGUCGGGAGGAAGCAAUGGCUCAGGCCGAGGCUGAGGAUGACGAUUCAGAUGGCGCCGGGCCAGUUGGCGACGGCUAUUCCGGUGAUCCUGAUAAGCGGACUGGGAAGAAAAAGGCGAAGAAACGGAAGGGGAGUAAAAAGGGGUCCGCUGCGACGGCGAGCAAACGGAAACGAUUGGAUGGACCAAUUGAUGGUGCGGAGGAAUUGUCACGGAAAGUGUACGACACUAUGGAGAAGUUGAAGGAAAUCUUUUUCGUCAUACGUCUCCAUCGUCACAACUCAGCCGCUUCAUUACCGCCCACAUCAGAUCCUGACCAACCAAUACACAGCGAGCUAAUGGAUAGUCGGGAUGCCUUCUUACAGAUGGCUCGUGAAAGACACUUGGAGUUCUCUUCUCUGCGUCGCGCGAAGUAUUCUACCAUGGUUCUUUUGUACGAGAUCCAUAUGGAACUACGACAAAGCUUCAUGUAUAAUUGCAAUGUUUGUGGCGCUCAGAUUGAAACGAGGUGGCAUUGUAACGACUGUGAGGAAUAUGAUCUGUGUUCACGUUGUUACAAAACCGAAAACCAUCCCCACCCAAUGGUCAAAUACGGUCUCGGCAUCGACGAGGACUCCGGAGCGUCCGAGGAGACUGGUGAUCGUCCCUCAAGCGCCGCCUCCACUGCGGACCGGCGAAGCAGCAUUGAACGGUGUAUCAAAUCUUUGUUACAUGCUUGCCAGUGUCGCGAUGCAAACUGCCGUAUGCAGACGUGCACCCAGAUGAAACGCGUCCUUUGUCACACUCGCAACUGCGUCAAAAAGGCUACCAAUAGUUGUCUACUUUGUCGCCAGCUUCUCUCACUCCUCUGGCAUCAUGCUCGCUGCUGUGAUGAGUCCAAGUGUCCCGUACCGUUUUGUCUCAAUAUCAAGUAUCGUGUGAAACAGAAGCAGCUCCAACAACGCCUACAGCAAAACAAGCUCUUGCGUCGUCGCAUCUCAACCAUGAACCGCGGCGCUGUUCCUGCCGCAGAUCACACCCCGUUGGGUCCGCAUGCUUCCUCUACUCCAAUCGGCACGGGUUCCAGUUCAUUGUCUGUUUCCGAUGUAAACACUUCACUCCAAACCUCCCCUUAUGGCGGGACUAAUUCCGCCUCCAUUCCCUCAACUAACCAAAUGGGUCCCACCACCCGCACUUCUGUGCAUCCUGCUGGCUACCAAAAUAAUCAGCAUUUGCCCCACCCUCCGCAAUCAAAUCACACCAUAACUUCACUUCCGGCUGGGGAAACUCUUAGCCCGCAACUGCAGCAGAGAUCUUGUGUCACCUCCCAACCGACACCUGUAUCAGUGAUGCAUCCGUUGCCAAACCAAUCGUCGUCUCUCCCUCUUGGGGCUCGUGUCGCGGCUCAGACACCACAAAAUCCUGGUCUCGCUCACCCCGCCAAUCCGGCCCACGCAUGCCACACUGGAUCCUGGCGACCCAGACCCACCGUGGCUACCUCGAUGGGUGGUAUGGGCACAUCUUACCCGUCUGCUAACUUUCAGUCUGUGAUAGCGGCACCCAGUCAGUCGCAGCCAACUCCUUCUUCUAGCCACUCCAACAUUGUGUCUGCGAGUCAAUCUAGCAGUCAAAAGGCAUCCGCAAUAGCUGCGAUGGCGGCCAAAGCCAAGCCCCAGGACAUCGCUCACGUUAGUCAUGUGAUUCACGUGAUCAAAGCUCAAGGCGCUUCGAGUGAAGAGCAAAACCGACAGGUAUGCGUUCUAUUCUCUAUCCAAAUUCUCAAUGUUCGUCAUUUGUUUGCAACACACGAUCGAGCUGGGUUAUUUUUGCCUUCGCGUGUGUCAUUGCAACUUGCUGGGAAGUUGUUUUUCCCUCGAUUUUCUUUCAGUUACCGUUUGCACUGUUGGUAUAUAUCAGUCGACUGAGAGAUACACUCCUUAUUUCCGCUAUUUUAACUGAUCUCUCCAGCUGCUUACUCCGAGGACUCUGUUGACCUAUGUGUUUAAGCCACCUAGACCACAUGCCUUCGCAGUUCCGUCUUUCCUCAGUUUUCGCUCUCAUUUUCCUUGGCGUCGUUUUCGAUUAUGAACCGUUUUUUUUUGUUUUUGCUUCGUCAGGCAUUUAUGCUCUAUCCAUUUGCUUACACCAACUUCUCACGCGAGCACAUUAGGUUCUGGCAUUACGCGUUUCUUCUGUGCUGCAGCCGAUUGCGCCUUUGGUCAGACGUGUUACUAUUUGACCACACUAAUCCCCAAUUUUCGGUUUUACGAUGACUCGAACGACCACCCAAUGAUAGAGACUCCCGAUUCUACUUUAAGUUUCUAGCCCUGAUUGACCAAUAUAAAAACUACAUGUGGCAUGUUUUCUUCCCUUUUAGUUCAUCGAUUGGAUCAAGCGCCAUCCCGAAUAUCACGCAGCUUUCUUCGCUCUUCACUCUCAGAACAAACAGCAAGCGGGUCUCCGAGCGCUGUCGGCUCAGAAACGGCUGGUUGCGAGCAACAUCCCUUCCACCGCCGCUUCGGCACCAAACGCUGUCGUCGCCUCAUCUUCACUGUCUGACGCUUCCCAAUCCCUGCUCACCACUAGCACUUUAUCCACAGGCGUUGUGAUCGUACCUCAAACGGUAACCAACACUAUGAGCAAUCAUACCGGGGGUCUGUCUACUAAUCACCUUCAGAAUGUAGUCACCGCCAGUCCAAACGUUAACACCAUUCCCGUUGCUUCUGGCACCGUGCCUUUAGCUUCUAACCAGUCGAACUUGGUUCACCAACCCGUUCAAUGGAUUUCAAUCCAGCCUCCUGCCACAGUGAACCAUCAGUCCUCCAUGUCAGCUUCCACGUUGCACACGAAUCAGACUGCCGGCGGUGCAACAACCCUUCGGUUUCGUGCCGUUCCUGGAUCAGCCACACUAGUUCAGUCUCAGCCCCAGCAAGUGCAGCACUUUUAUAGCACCUCCUCUCUUGGACCCGGUAGCUCGACCUUCAUGAGCAAUGUUUCCGGCGCUAACAUGUUUGUAUCAGCUGCGAGCGGGGGUAUGGUGCCAGUCGGUGGACCACAGCGAGCGAACCCCGCAACUAAUGUUGCUGUGCCUACCAUUAAUCGCCAAGGAGGCACUCCUCAAACAGCAAUAGUUCACUUCCGCCCGCAACAGCAAUCCGCGACAGGCCAUGUGGCGCCCAUCCAGCCUCACAUCAUUUUGGCCAACAGUGGUGCUCCUGGCCAGCUGCAUCAUCAGUCACAGCCUCAACUGUUGUCGAAUUCGGGUGGAGGCCGUCAAGUUGUCACCCUUAUGACUCACCAGCAGUCCUUAUCUCAUCCCAAUGCCGACUCUAAUGCUAGCCUCAUUGAUCCGAAUGCACCUGGCAACGUUGGUGGGCAUUCAAAUACGGGCAUCAAGUGAUAACCGACUGGGAUACCAACCCUUUUGGCUGUGUACCAAUUUUGAACUCAGCGUCGACCCCACUGAAAGCCUGGACAUACCCGCAGGACACAAAAUGUAUGUUUCCCGCGCGUGAGCUACCGCCACAGUGGACGUUAGCCGCUCACACACGUGUCAGCAAGCCAUUUGCUUCAGUCGUUGUGCUGCGUACCUAUCAGGUCAUCCCCGUCCAUUUUUGGUGCAUCCCGAUCUUCACACGUUUUUGCGCUGUUUGUUCCCUUCUGUCGCAUUUACGUCCCCUUGUCUAUGUUCCCUUUGUAUCUUACAUUUCAGCUGUGAAAACUUUUCUUGCCUCACUACUUUUCACUGCGGUCGCACUGAGUUACUGUACUUUUUUACUAAUCUUCCGAUUUACUGAUGACGGCAAACGUCUGGACUCGCUUUACUCCUUGACUGCGCUGAUGGUACGUGCUGUUGGACAAUGGCUGCCGACGAGAUCUUUUUGCUCCUCACAAUAGGCUUCACUGCGGAGUUCACCUGUGAGCCCCUUCUCGUAGAUCUUCGCGAUCCCAUAAUACUUUCUACCUUUAACUUGUUGACUUUCAGAUUGGGUUAUUCCCGUCUACAGUGAUCAGUCUACUCUCGCGUCCGUAGUCCCAACGACUGACAUUUCACCAAAUUCUGGUACCAGCCCACUUUCUUUAAUCACGUGCGCACAAUGAUUACUGUGGCUUUUGUACACAAUGAUGCACGAUUCAGGGGGAUAUCGUUGUUUGGCGCCUCCAUCUUUGUCUUUUAAUCUAAAGCCUAUCUUGUCAGCCCACUGGGAGAUUUCGGUCCUGUCUCAUCAGUCGAACUGAUUUCGAAACUGUACAUAGCUAGGGGUUUCUCGCUCAUUCUUGAUAGCUCUUUCAUCGUUCUUGUACAUGUACUUUAUCGUUAUUGUGGGUCCAGCAAGUUCGCUUUUUCUCUUCUUCUCUAGCCCUUCCCCAAUGCCUUUAUGAGUAUUGUUUUUGCUGGUGUACAUGCUACUUCGAGAUCUGGUUACCGGUUUUUGUUGUUCUUGUAAUAAUCCCCCCCUGACACAACACAUAUGUGAGGCGGCGUCUGUCCAUAGGUAUUCUCCGACACUUCGUGUCCUGUAAAUUGAUUUCACAUAGAGCGUUACAUUGUCACUA